GUGGAUAAACCGGAAGUUCGCGGCCGCCGUCUCGCCAGCGGGUUGGCUCCAGGAGGCCCCGAGGAGCGCGGCGCAGCGCCCUGUCCAGAACGCGGCCCGUCCCGGGGCCCCUCCGCGGCCCUCCACCGCCGCCAUGAAGCUGCGGGUGCGGCUUCAGAAGCAGACGCGGCGGCUGGAGAUGCCCGCCGCCGAGCCGACGCUGGGGCAGCUGCGCGCGCACCUGAACGAGGCGCUGCCGGGCUGGGGCCUCAGUUCUGAUACCCGCUAUGCAAUUACCCUGAACAACAGAGAUGCCCUCACUGGAGACGAAGAGACCUUGGCGUCAUAUGGGAUUGUUUCUGGGGACUUGAUAUGUUUGGUUCUUGAAGAUGCCAUGCCGGCACCUAACUUGCCUCCAUCCACAGAUUCAGAGCAUUUCUCCGUCCCGAAUAAUGACCACCCCCCUCUGGCCACCACCGCCAGCCAGGCCAGUGUCCCGGAUGAAGGACAGAGCGAUUUAUUCCUUGGACAGGCAGCCCAGUCCAGUGUCGGGCAGGAUGAUGAAAUGGCGGGGCCCAGUCCCAGUAUCACAGCUGCAACUGAGGAAGAUGCUGGGGACGUGGACGUGGACGAGGGCGUGAGGUGCUACCCCUCAGAGCCAAUGCUCUGCAGCGAGGCGGUGGAGGGGCAGGUGCCGCACUCGCUGGCGACCCUGUAUCAGUCAGCCGGCUGCUGCAGUGCCACCGACGCGCUCACAGUGCUGAUCCAUCUCCUCAUGGUGGAGUCCGGGUACAUCCCUCAGGGGACAGAAGCCAAAGCAGCGUCCAUGCCGGGGAAGUGGAAGGCGAGCGGCGUGUACCGGCUACAGUACACGCACCCGCUGUGCGAAGGCAGCUCCGCCGCGCUCACCUGCGUGCCUCUGGGCAGCCUGAUGGUCGUCAACGCUACACUGAAGAUUGACAGCGAGAUUAAAAGUGUGAAAAGGUUGCAGCUGCUGCCAGCAUCCUUCAUUUGCACAGAGAAACCAGGGGAAAACGUGGCUGAGGUGUACAGAGGUCUUCAGAAGCUCUCCCGGCUCUUCAAAGACCAGCUGGUGUACCCGCUCCUGGCCUUCUCCCGGCAAGCCCUGAACCUCCCCGAUGUGUUCGGCCUGGCUGUCCUCCCCUUGGAGCUGAAGCUGCGGAUCUUCCGGCUGCUGGACGUGCGCUCCAUCCUGUCCCUGUCUGCCGUCUGCCGCGACCUCCUCAUCGCAUCGAAUGACCCCCUCCUGUGGAGGUGUCUGUACCUGCGGGACUUCCGAGAUGGUUCUGCCAGAGUUCGAGACACAGAUUGGAAAGAACUGUACAAGAAGCGGCACAAGCAGAGGAAGGAGGCGCAGAGGGCGCGGCACGCCAUGUUCCUGCCAUCGAUCCCCCACCCCAUCCCGUUCUACCCCGGCCCCUUGCCCUCCAGGCCCAUCCUGCCCUGCUCCAUCCUCCCGCCCGGGAUCAUCGGGGGAGAGUACGAUGAGCGACCCACCCUUCCCUGCAUCGGAGACCCGAUCAGUUCCCUCAUCCCGGGGCCUGGGGAGACUCCCGGCCAGUUCCCACCGCUCAGGCCUCGUUUCGACCCCAUCGGCCCCUUCCCGGGGUCCAGCCCCAUGCUGCCGGGGCGAGGCGGCCCGGGUGACAGGUUCCCCUUGAGACCUGGCCGGGGCCGGUCCUCUGACAGCCGGAUGUCGUUCAUGUGACGGCCUUGUUCUGCAGGCAACUGAGGCGCACUCCUCAGGGCUGCCCAGGGCUCUCCUGGUGGUGCAGGGAUGGGGCUCCCAGCAGGGGUGGCCCGGGUCACCCCGUGACGGUCAGCCUUGGGAAUGUCGCCUGCUGCUGCUUUCCCUGCCUGGACACCCCGUGGAAUGGGCCCUGCUGUAAUGUCCUCACAGCAUUAAACAAGGAGUGUCAUUUA